AUGAAUGGUAUUGGAUGGGCAAUCAUUAUCUUAUUACUCCUUAUCAUUGUUAGUUUAUUAUUAUUUAUUAUAUACUCAGUACUAUUUCAAGCACGAUGGUUAAUGUGGAUAAUUAACAAAAUUAAUUCAAAAGCAUUAUUUUAUUUCUCAAUAAAAACAAAAAUUAUUGCAUUAACAGUUGAUGAUGCACCUUCAAAUCAAACACAAGAAUUUUUAGAUUUAUUUAAAAGAUAUGGAGUUCAUGUUACCUUUUUUAUUAUUGGUGAAAGAGUUAAUGGAAGAGAAGAAAAAAUGAAACGGAUAAUUGAAGAAGGACAUGAAAUAGGAAAUCAUACAUAUUACGAUGAACCAUCAUUCAAAAAUACAAAAGAAGAAUUUGAAGAUAAAUUGAGAAGAACAGAUGAAGUUAUGAAACCAUACUCAUUGAAUCAAAGGUAUAGAUGGUUUAGGCCAGGAUCAGGUAUUCCUUCAUCUUUUAUGUAUGAUUCUCUUGAGAAAUAUGGAUAUAAAAUGGUUAUUGGAUCAUGUCAUGCCUUUGAUGCACAAAUAAAAAAUUGUAGUUAUACAUCAUUUAUUCUUAAACAUGGAAUUUGUAAUGGGGAUAUUGUAAUAGUUCAUGAUAGAGAAUAUACGUUACCUGAAGUUGAAGGUUUCUUAGAGUAUUGCAAAGAUAAAAAAAUACAAAUAAUGUCGUUAGGAGAAAUGUGUGAUUAUAUGAAUGAUCUUCAAAAUGAAGAAAUAAACUCAACAAUUCAUAAACCAAUACUCCCACACUCUUUUCCAACACCAGAAUCUCAUUCACAAAGUAUAAAUGAAUAUCUUCAUUAA